AUGAUUGAUUCAGCGAGUUUCCUCGAAGAGAAUAGAGGUAGUAGAGGAAGAGGGUUUAACAGGAUGAAGCCAGGGGAUGUUUUAACUCACCUGGGAUCCAUAGUUGCUAGUUUGAUGUUCGUUUGGGCUCUGUUUCAGCAGUACUUCCCAUACCAACUCCGCCACAACAUAGAUAAAUACUUCCAGAGGGCCUUCUCCUUCGUCUACCCUUACAUCCAAAUCACUUUCAGUGAAUUCACAGGCGAGCGUCUGAUGCGCAGCGAGCUCUACUCCGCUAUCGAGAACUAUCUUAGCUCCACUUCAUCGACCCAAGCCAAGCGGCUGAAGGCUGACGUACUGAAGAACAAUCAGUCCUUGGUGCUUAGCAUGGACGAUCACGAAGAGGUUGCUGAUGAAUUUCAAGGGAUCAAGCUUUGGUGGGCUUCUGGGAAGAACAUCUCCAAGACCCAAACACUUUCUUUCUAUCCAGUCAAAGAUGAGAAAAGGUAUUACAAACUGACUUUUCACAAGCGGCAUAGGGAUCUCGUCAUUGGGCCGUAUCUAAGCCAUGUCCUGAAGGAGGGGAAAGCAAUCAAUGUUAGAAAUCGGCAGCGGAAGCUUUACACCAACAAUGGAUCGCACUGGAGCCAUGUGAUGUUUGAGCAUCCAGCAACGUUUGAAACACUCGCGUUGGAGGCAGAUAAGAAGAAGGAAAUUCUCGAGGACUUAACCACGUUUAGCCAAGCGGAAGAGUUCUAUGCGAGAAUCGGAAGAGCUUGGAAGAGGGGUUACCUUCUCUAUGGUCCUCCGGGGACCGGGAAGUCCACCAUGAUCGCAGCCAUGGCAAAUCUUCUGAAUUAUGACAUCUAUGACCUAGAAUUAACGGCCGUGAAGGACAACACCGAGCUUCGGAAACUUCUAAUCGAGACCUCGAGCAAAUCCGUGGUCGUGAUCGAGGACAUUGAUUGCUCUCUCGAUCUCACUGCUCAGCGAAGGAAGCCGAAGGAGAACGAAGAAGCAACAGGCGAGCAGGAUCCGAAGCUGAAACCGCCGAAGGAAGACAGGGAGCCUAAACAAAGCCAAGUCACUCUCUCGGGACUUCUGAACUUCAUCGACGGGCUAUGGUCAGCUUGCGGCGGGGAGAGAUUGAUCGUUUUCACCACCAAUCACGUCGAGAAACUCGAUCCAGCCCUAAUCAGGAAAGGUAGGAUGGACAAACACGUUGAGCUUUCCUACUGCAGCUUCGAGGCAUUCAGAGUGUUGGCCAAGAAUUACCUUCUGCUGGAUGACCACCAACUGUUCGACAAAAUUCGCCAGUUACUAGAACAAACUAAGAUAACCCCGGCUGACGUUGCGGAGCAUUUGAUGCCGAAGACCGUCCCGCCGAAUGCCGAGGUUUGCUUGAGUAGUCUGCUGCAGGGCCUGGAAGCCGCGGCGGCGGAAGAGGAGGAGGCGAGAUCGAAAGCAGAGGAAGAAGGAAUGAACAAGGAGGAGAAAGAGAUCAGUGCCAUUGUUGAAGAAACGAAGGAGGAAAAUUCCGCGAGCAAAGAAGAAAGCAAGUACAAUCAGCAGUAG